CGCCUACUCCACGACGCGCAACAUUUAGAUAUUAUCAAUAUCACCGCUCGCCCUGUUGGUACCUUCCAAGAUCUCGUCUAAACUCUGCAUGGUGAUCGCCCUCAACAAGCCGUAAUUGUGCUGACCGACGCGCAUCCAGCAACGCGGCACCAUCGUGACCCGUCAUGUUCGAGCUGUACCUCCUCACCUUCAAUGCUGCCCGGAACCUGGUCGACCCGCAGUCUCUCGCGCCUUCCUUGUUCGAUGCUCUUCCUAAAGACACCCCUCUGCCUGACAUCGUCGCCAUCUCGCUGCAGGAAAUCGCACCCAUCGCCUACUCGUUCCUCGGAGGAUCUUAUCUGAAGCCUUACUUUGACCGCGUGACGACCACUGUCCAGCUUGCCGCAGACCUCCGCAGCAAUGGCAGCGAACCGCUCCAACACAUUGCGACGCGCAGCCUGGGCAUGACCGCCCUGAUGCUCUUCGCGAAACCCCACGUCACACAGAGGAUACAAUGGAUACAAUCGGCAGGCGCCGGUGUCGGCUUCUCCAACAUGGGAAACAAGGGCGCAGUAGCCAUGCGCGUUGGCCUGUCCUGCCCAGGCUCCGAUGACACGCUGGAUCUGACUUUCGCCGCUGCUCAUCUCGCGCCUAUGGAGAGCAAUGUGGAUGCAAGGAACAAAGACUGGGAAAAUCUGGUCCGGAACUUGGUCUUCGUCAACAGCGACGACUCCCCAUACAGUUCGAGCGAAGAGAGGCCGCUGCUUGACUCCUCGUCCGAGACCCCAGCCGACCACAACGGCCUCUUCACACCUGGCAACCACGUCUUCUUCUACGGAGAUCUCAACUACCGCACGCACGAUACCCCGCCAGAUGAAGGAGCGCAUGAAUCCUAUCCUCAGCCCACCGCGUCCGAGUCUUCGCCACAGCAUUACUCGCAAUUGCUGAAGAAAGACCAGCUGAUGAGAGAGAAGGACGCCAAACGCACGCUACAUGGUUUCCAGGAACUGCCUAUCGAUUUCCCACCUACAUACAAGUACGCCACUCCACACGGCAAGAAUACAGGAGACAAUGAUUCGUGGGAAUGGUCCAAGCACCGAUAUCCCUCGUGGUGUGAUCGUAUUCUCUAUCUUCCGUCUGGAUCUGCAUCAGACCUAGAACCCCAGAUUUACACUGCUUUACCGGUACAGCCGACAUCGGAUCAUCGACCGGUAGCUCUCUCGGUUCGCGUUGACGAGAAGCCUAUCAAGCUGGACGUGAAUGAUGUUCUGUCCCGGCCACCCUUCGAGAUCAACCCACAGUGGAAAGCCAGAAGGGACGCCGCUCGACGAUGGGAGCUUAUUGUAGGCGUCAUGUCCUAUCUCGCCCUGACCGGGAAGGGCCGAAUCAUUCUCAUCACUUUCGUGGGUGUGGCUAUGGGCAGUUUGUUCCUAGCUGGGUCACUAACCAGGUGAUCUUGGCGACAGCCCAAGUCACAUAGCUCCUGCUACAAUUGAUUCAUUCCUAUCCCGUAGUGGUUCCAGCUCCAAUUCCACUGCUCUUUGAGAUGCUUAAUCGACGCUCCCGCCGGCAUGCCUGUGGCUUGCACCUCUUCUAGAAAUUCGAUCAUCUCGCAUCGAACUUGCUCAUCCUGCAGUACGGUGCCAAACUUGUGUAUUGUAUAAGCGGCUUUCCAUUGCGUAGAAAUACAGUGCGUAUUGCACCGAGCAAUAGCUAUCAUUUCUCUCAACCCUCUCAGCACUUCAUCGUGUGCAGAAUCUGCGAUGAUUAUCCCACGUGCGUCUUGCGUGUUUAUCCUAGGGUUAUUGACUGCAAGUGCGAUGCGGCAUAUCCGCAGGUGUUGGUUCGCAUCCGCUGUAGGCACGUCAGCAAGCAAUUCGCAGGCUAGUGAUUACUUUGACUCACCGUGACAAGCACUCGAGA